CUUUUCUUUCAGUGCAGCUUCACCCCUUCCUAAAGAGGGUCUCAUUUAACAACAGUGCUGGAGAAACAGUUUCUUUUGGUGAGAACAGGGAAGUGGAAGCUGGAUUUGAUAUUACCAGCAUGAUUACUUUUCCAAAUAACUCCUUCAUGAGAGUCAAGGUUGGAAGGGUGGAUCUGGAGGCUGCCCCAGAUCAGGAAUUUUCCAUUGAUGGCGACAAAAUAGUGUGGCACAGAAACUUUCCCCAGGUUCCACCUUUAUCUGUAUGUAACCCCAGUUGUCCUCCAGGAUCCCACAAGAAAAAGAAGGAAGGGGAAAAAUUCUGCUGCUAUGACUGUGCUCCAUGUCCCCAAGACAAGAUAUCACCCCAGAAGGACAUGAAUGACUGUGUCAAGUGCCCAGAUGAUUGUUAUCCAAUCAAGGACCAAUCAGAAUGCAUUCAAAAGACAAUAAGCUUCUUGUCUCUUAAACAGCCUCUGGGGUUGAGCUUGGCAGUUUUUGUUCUUUCUCUCUCUCUCCUCACACUGGUGGUCCUAGUCAUCUUCAUUAAACAUCAGGACACACCCAUUGUCAGAGCAAACAAUCGGGACCUCACCUACACUCUCCUCACUUUCCUCCUGCUCUGCUUUCUCUGCCCAUUGAUCUUCCUCAGCCCUCCAGAAAGAGUGAGCUGCCUGCUCCGACAAAUGGCUUUUGGCCUUGUUUUUACAGUGGUCAUUUCUUGUGUGCUGGCCAAGACCAUCACGGUAGUCCUUGCCUUUGUGGCCACCAAACCAGGAUCCAGAAUGAAGAAAUGGGUGGGGAAAAGACUGGCAAGCUCCAUUGUGUUUUCUUGUUCCCUUAUUCAGGUUGGUAUUUGCAGUGUGUGGUUAGGAGCUUCUCCACCAUUCCCAGAUACUGACAUGCAUUCUGUGAUGGGAGAAAUAAUACUAGAAUGUAACGAAGGGUCAGUUGUCAUGUUUUACUGUGUCCUGGGCUACAUGAGCUUUCUGGCCAUUGUCAGCUUUGUUGUGGCCUUUUUUGCCAGGAAGCUGCCCGAUAGCUUUAACGAAGCCAAAUUCAUCACCUUCAGCAUGUUCUUGUUUUGUAGUGUUUGGGUCUCCUUUGUUCCAGUGUACCUGAGCACUAAGGGGAAAUACAUGGUGGCUGUGGAGAUCUUCUCCAUCUUGGCCUCCGGAGCUGGUUUACUGGGUUCCAUCUUUGGCCCCAAAUGCUACAUUAUUUUGUUGAGGCCCAAUUUGAACAACAAAAAGCAGUUAAUAAAGAGGAAACUGUAAUAUAUUCUAGUGUGCCUGUCUUUUCUUUCAUACCACACUAUAGUUAAUAUAGUAUUUAUUUCUCAGCUGUCUGUAAUCAUAUAGUUAUUUUGAUUAUUUGGUUGUAAUUGUUUUGUGUCCUU